AUGGGUAGCCCUAACCACACUAUGGGUGUAUUCCAAGGGAUAGUUUCUCAGCACGCCAAAAGAAUCUCCAAUUUUGGGUUCCUGUCUGGUGGAAGAUUAUUAAAUGAACCAAUGAGGAUAGCUGUAGAAGGGUGUAUGCACGGAGACUUGGAUAAUGUUUAUGCCACCUUAUUGCAUUUGCAAGAAGUUCAAAAUAUAAAGAUUGAUCUCCUUUUAUGCUGUGGUGACUUUCAGGCUGUUAGGAAUGAGAAGGAUCUGGAAAGCUUAAAUGUGCCAUCUAAUUUCUGGAGCAUGAACUCUUUCUGGAAGUAUUACUCAGGAGAGAAAGUAGCACCAUUUCCAACUAUAUUUAUUGGAGGAAACCACGAAGCAUCCAAUUACCUUUGGGAACUGUGAGUUGGUGCCAAUAUAUGAUAACUGCAGUCAAUAUUGCAUGAGAUUGUUACCAUGAUUCAUAUACAGUUCUGCACCUCAUCUCUUAAUCUGGAACUUCCAAAGAAUCUUUAUCAGUGUUUUCUCUUUUAUAUACCUUUCUUGCACUAGAUCUUG